AUGGUAUGUAAUCCACAUCUAACGGCCUACAAUGCUCGCAAUGAAAAUAACGAUGACUUUGGUGGUGACAAUAAUGCUUGGCGUCCGACAUGGUGUUUUGCUCGAUUUGGAGCUACACAAACUUAUUUACCGGAUGGACGACUGAUUCAUAUUGGAGGUGAGCAUGAAGAUUGCUACGAUCCUGACUUUCAAAUUUAUAAUGAUGUUGUUGUUAUACGAAAUCCCCGGAUGGUACGAGCACACUAUAUGUACUCGUUGCCUGUACCAAGUAACUUUCGAUUGAAAACAAAACAGAAUGCCGCUUCCUUAGGGCCAGAGAUGUUAGGGGCAUCGAGGCCAGAAGAGGUUACAAUCUAUGGAUAUCCUGAACACGUAUUUCCACCGACGUAUUUUCACACAGCUACUUACGUUAAGAAUAGUGACGAUGAAGAAGAUUUCAUCUAUAUUAUUGGUGGUUUGGGAUAG